AUGAAUGUAGGAACAUUUAAUAUAAAAGGUGCAGGGGUGGGUAAAGCAAAGACAGUGAAGGGGCUUUUGUCAAAAUAUGGCUUAAGUUUUAUGGUGAUUCAAGAAACUCAAUUUAGAGAAUUACCUGAAAGAGUGAUUAAAAGGUUCUGGGAUAACUCUACUUUUGAUUACAUUAAAGUAGAUGCAGAAGGUAGGUCAGGUGGGUUGCUACCAAUAUGGAAUCCUGGGGUAUUUAAAAAGAACUCUGAAGUAGUAAGCCAGAAUUUCAUUUUAGUUAGUGGACGGAUAACAGGGGAUCAGGUGGACACAACUAUAGUGAAUGUGUGUGCUCCGACGGUACAGAGCAGUAGAAGACAGUUGUGGAACGAGAUACUGACACUAAAACAGUCAAUCCAAGGUCAAUGGAUGAUACUAGGAGACUUUAAUGAGGUACGUUUUCCUCAAGAUAGGUUCAACUCACAAUUUGAUGUUGGGGGUGCACUAUGUUUUAACAAUUUUAUAAGAAACGCGGGUUUACAAGAAUAUAACAUGGGUGGAAAGAGAUAUACAUUUAUGUCAGGGGCCGGGAAGAAUCUAAGUAAGAUUGAUAGAGUACUAGUGUGUGACUAA